AUCGAAACUUCCGUCGACUAUUGUACAUCCCUAGUUUCCGCAGCUAAAAGCAAAACAAAAUGCAAUUUUAUUAAAAACAAACAAACAACUUUCAACGAAAUGGACAAAGCGAGGUCCAGCGUUUACGAGAAGUUUACUGGAUUUGUCGACCAACUACGCAACACAGAAUGCAGCCAAAAGCAGAAGAUCACCUGCUUCCAGCAGAUAGCAGAGUGCAUCAUGUCACCUGCACUGGCGGGGCACAUCAACUAUUCCGCCCACUGCGGCACGGCCACCAAUGUGCUGCUGCUCUUCUGCGAGGAUCUCGACUCGAAGGUGCGAAUGAGUGCCGAGGAGAACCUCAACAAGAUCUUUCGCGCCCUGGAGAAGACGCGGGUCAGCCGCAUACUGAUGGAUUUGUAUGGAGAAAUCAAAAGGAAUGGUAAUCAAAGAUCGUUGCGCAUUUGCUUGAAUCUAUUUUCCUACUACGCACCUCACAUCAAAGAGAAGCAUAUCAAAUGGUAUGCAGUCCGGCUGCUGCAAUGCAUGUCCACCAUAUCGCAGCGCAAGGAGACCCUUCUCCAGGAGACGCUCUGUGAUUUUGUGAAGCAUUUUGGCCGCUAUGUGCAGCAGGGACUAAGCGACAGCGAAACCUGCAAACUGUUGGAGAUAUUUCUGGACAACAUUGGCGCAGAUUGUGCAGUCAAGCGCCGCUGUUCGGCCCAAAAUUGCAUCAGCCUGAUCGAGCAUGCACGCCACAGAAGCCUCAUGGCCAGGCAUGGACUCAACAAAGUGAUGGAGCUCCUUCUGACGGAUCAGCAGAGCAACUGCGUGCUGGGCGCCUUGGGGCUGUUGCGUCUGCUGUUGCCGCAGCUAAUACGCGGCUAUUCUGCGGAUAAUCAUGACGAUGCCGAGUCCCUGGUCGGGCAGCAGCAGAAACAGCAACAACACCAGGCCACGACCUCCGACUGUCGGCAAAUUAUUGAAAUUUAUGAUUAUUGUCUGCACCUGCUGAGCACGCAGCCCACAACGAAUCACGCCAUUAUAAAUGCCACACUGGAGGUCAUCAAUGGCAUACUCCAGGCCCUGGAUGGGCCUGGGUCUGGGCCUGGUCGUGGGCCUGUGGCGGAGGGGCAGUUGAGUCUGGGCCAGAGUUUGCGCCAACUGUUGUGCAAUCAACAAUUGCAGCACAAUGAGUAUUUGCGGCGAAGGAAAUCAUUAAAAAAUCAAAUAUUCCAAUUGAAAAAUUACGAACUAGCGACAAGUCAACAACAGGAGGAGCACCACCAGCAGAAGAUUCUUAAGGAUCAGCAGAAUACGGAGACUGCAAUGCAAAUGGAAGGAAAUUCAAAUGCAAAACUGCAGCAGCAUCCCCAGCAGCAGCCAAAGUGUCAACAGCAGGAGCAGGAGGAGGAGGAGGAGCGGCAGAGGAGCCACCACCAGAGCUCGUUGGGAAUUAAUGCUGGGGAAGAUGCUGCCACGACCGAGGCAGCAAGUUCCGUUGCUGAUGAAGCCGAAAAAACGACGCGCUGCCACAUUAGAAAUGCCGCACGCAGCAUCAGCGAAUGCGUUGCCAGCAGCAGUUUGGAUGAGCAGCAGCGGAAGACGGAAGGCGGCGACGACGAGGAUGAUGAUGAUGAUGAUGACAUGGAGCUGCUGAGCGCCGAGUGCGAUGACUUUACAACUCUGUCGCAACUAAAUGAACAACAACAGGCAAUGUCAGCGGCAUUCAAAUUGUCCGCAACAGCAGCAGUAGAAGGAGGAGCAGGAGGAGGAGGAGGAGUUGCAGCAGCAGCGACAGAGGGGAACGAUAAACUGAUUGAUGUUGAUGCCGAUGUCAGGGGGAUGCCCAGACCGCAGCAGCAUCAGUCAUCUCUGCAGAAUCUACUAGCCGGCAGCGAUGACAAAUCCCAGCAUUUGAGUGACAUCGACAAUGAAUCUUUCAACAGCAUCGAUUUCGAGGCCGAAAUCACAAUUGCUGGCAGCAAAGAGCACCGGCAGCAGCAGCAGCAGCCACCGGAGGGGACCACAUCGGAGGAUGCGAUAGAAACCGGCGAUGCAACAACAAUUGGCACAUUCUUUAACAAUCUGUUGUCGCACUCCAACGCAGCCUCGGAGUCGGUCAGUAAGCUCUUUCGUCAAUCAAGUGUUGGCUCUAAGUCCACGCCCUCCAAGUCGACGCCCGCUGAUAAAUCGGACGCCGUCUCGACGGCCUCACUGACGCUCUCGCUGAGCUCCUUGGCCAGCAGCAGCAUCGGGCCACCGGAGCGCCACUCCUCGAUUGCGGAGACACCCACGACUGCGGAUGACUCCUGUUCGAUUACCGCCUCCUACACGGCUUCCACGGCCCUGAUGAUGGAUGCACCCGCCGUGGCCCAUCAGCCAGAGACACCGCAACGCCGCAGCACGCCCAAUGCUAAUCCCUUUCUAGUGGAGAACUCGCCGCUCAAGCAGACCAUUGUGGGACGUGCCCUGAUCAGCGUGAAAAUUGGCAGCAUCCUGGAGCAGUCGCUGAUUUACUACACAGCCCGCCUGGUGGCCGCACGAUUCCUGCUCGGAGGCCAGGCAGCUGCUUUGCAGCAGGACAGCGUGAGUCGAGUGUCUAUUAAGAGCCUCUCGCUGGCUGUGAUCGCUCAGUGUGUGCGUCUGACGCCGCGUGUCCUCCAGCUAAGCCUGGAGAUUACCGAACAGGAGCUGGAGCUCCUGGAAGAUGCCAGCCAGGUGGGCAGUGGAGACAGCACGCAACUCUCUAGCCCCCAGAGCAGCAACACGUCUCAGGCAGAGGCGGACAAGAAGCCCUUGGACAGUUCUCUGAUCCAAGCGGACACCGAGGACAACCAGCUCUUGCUGGACAUCAAGGAUGAUCACUUUGGACCCAGUACUGGUCCGGCCUAUCUACAGCAAUUAUCUGCGCCCACGCUCAGUCGCAGUGCCGAUGCAGCGGUCCUACUUCGGAGCAUCUCCGCGGCGGAGUCCAGCAAGAAACCCACCGGCGGGGACCACCUGUCGAAAUCGGAGAUCGUUGGCAGCGCCUAUCGUCCCACAGUUGCCUCGCAGGAUACGCCACCGAUGAGCCUGCCGCCACGUCCGCCCAAGCGAACCAAAUCCUUGCGCAGUCGGAAGGGAAUUAGUUUCGACACGGAAGCACCACCACCAACCCCUGGCUGCCAGGCCCUAUCGGAUGUGCUGCUCUUCCACGACCACUGCGAUCCGAUCCUACGCGGUGGUGUGCAGCAGGUGGUGGGAAAUUUCCUUCAAUCCAGCGGAGCUGGUCUCUUUCUGGAGCUACAACGUGGUCUCAGCUUGCAACACUUGCUGGCCAUUUUACUGAAGGGCUUUGAGGACGAGAUCCACACAGUGGUUAUACAAGCGUUGAAUGCAUUCGAUAAGAUAUUUCCGCAUGUGGUGUCCAAAUAUUUGACAGCGCCGCCAUGUCAUUAUCAUGCUCAUCAGCAGCAGGAGCAGCAGGAACUGUCCCAGGCAGAGUUCGAGCUGAGGCAGGAGCUGGAGCUGGAGCUGGAGCAGGAACAGGAGCUGCAGCGACAUUCAAGUGGACAACAAAAGCGUCCGGGCCAGGCGCAAACAUUUGGCCAACAAACUUUUGCAAAGGGCCUGGAUAAUGCCUUAAGCAGUCAGCCACAGCAACAAAGGAUCCCUAACGAUGGCACUGUCGAUGCUGGGCAGCAUCCCGUUGCUGCUGCUGCUGCUGUUGCUGGGACAUGUGCCAACUCCAAGUCUUCGACCACUGAUAAUGAUGAGCUACUGGCUGCUCUUUUGAAUGAUUUCCAAUUGCAAUCGACUGGGCUGCAAAAGAAUAAUGGCAGCUGCAACAGCCAGUUGGGUAAUGAGCCUGGACCUGGAAGUGGACCUGAACCUGGACCUGGCCCCUUCUGCGUGUUUGCCAUCUCACCCAAAUUGCUCUUGAACAAACUCCGGCUCUGCCAUCACAAUAAAUAUUGGUUGGUCCAGAAUAAAUACGCCGAAGUUAUUUCGAAUUUAAAUUACGUGCUGCUGCGCACUUACUACGCAAAUGUCCGAUGCGGUUUCGACAACGGCAGCAGCAGCAGCAGCCAUCAGCAUGAGAGGCAGAAGGAGGAGCAGUGCCCCCAGCCCCAGCAGGAUGCCUGCCACUGGAGCAAGGACGCGCACGACGAGGACAUUGUCUGCACUUAUGAGGCGCUAUUUCUGUCUGAACUUUUCCAUCUGCUCGGCGACGAUGAUGCCCGGGUGCGGGAACAUGCCGCCUGCUGUCUUUGCCGCUUUAUAAUGCAAACGGCGCGCCAGGAGCAGCAGCAGCAGCAGGAACCACCUACCGAACCGCCAUCGAAGGAUGUAACAGAGGAGGACAUCAGCGGCACCGAAAUCGAUGACAACGUCAACGGCAACGCCGACGCCGACGCCGAAACUCAACAAACUAAUUUCAAUUUGCUUUGGGAUUUUUUCGACUAUCGCAUAUUUGGCAGCAUGUCCGUGACGUUGCGUAAUUUAUUCCGGGCCAGUUCGACGAUUGUGCCGCCGCUGGCGGAGCUGGAUGCAUUCGGAUUGGUGGGCCACAGCCUCUCCAGCAGCACGGCCGGGUUCCCAGAAGUUGUGGCCACAUCCAUGCUGGGCCCAUCGUCAGGCAUGGCAUCUGCCUCCGCAUCGGCAACGGCAUCUGGAGCGGCCGCCUCCGCGGCGACGGCCUACUUUGAUGGCCUGGCCGAGGGGCAUGUUUUUGCCCUGGCGAUGCCACGUCAAAUUGCGCAGGAGGAAAAAGUUUUGGCCAAAGUUUUGUAUCGCAUGACAAAUAAAUUGAUGACGCUGAAUGAUAAAAAUUUGCAGUUUGGCAUAAUUUACGCACUGCGGCUGCUGCUGAGGCACUUCAAUUUUGUGGACUACCGAGGGGCCUGGCUGGAAUUCAAUUUCAUUGAGAUUUGCAUUAGCUACGCCUACUACAACAAUGCAACGGCUGCGGACUUGAGUUGCCAGAACGAUUUGAUUGAUGUGAUGGGCAAAUUGGUGGCAGGUGCCAUGUUGAGCUCAGGCGAGCUCAAGGCCUCCCAUCUGGACUUUCUGCUGCGUCACAGCACCAAGAUGCUGAACAUCUACUAUCAGUUGGUCGCCAAUCAGCGCGGUGGCGGUGGCGGCAGUGGUGGCGGCGGAGGGACCUCCUCCAAGACGCCCAAGAGCGAGCUCUUCUCCCUCGUCAGCAGCGGUGGGGGCGGCGGCAGCGGCAGCCGGGAGCCGGCAGUGCUCCAGGCUCUGGGUUACUUUGGUGGCGAUUACGUUUACAUGAAACUUUACAACAUUUUAAGAGGUGCUAAUGACAGCUACAAGAUAACCAUAAAUCACGAGGCAGGCAGCUUAUUAAUUUGUCUCCUCAAGACCUGCCUGAAUUCAUUGGGCCUGUGCCUUGAGGCGACGCCGACAGCCGCCGCGCCGGAGAUAAAAUUAAUCGAAGAAAUACUCCACUAUUUGACCAAGCUCAUAAAUUAUGCGCCCGCCGAGUGCGUUGCAUGUCUGCGGCAACUGUUGAAAUAUUUAUUUGCCCAAAAUUAUGGUAGCCAAGUGCGAGUGCAGCAGCAGCCACCGCCGGCCACCAGCGAUGGCGGAGGCGGACACCACUCCACUUUCGUGCGGCCCUACUUUGCGGCCAAGGGCAGGGGCCAUGGCGCAGGCUCCACAUUUUGGCCAACAAUAAAUUCAAAGCCAGCCGGAGGAGCAGCAGGAGGUGGAGCAGGAGCUACAACUCAGCCACUAAUUGAUGCAUCCCCACUCCAGGCACUGGGCAUGCUGUUUGUGCAGGGCCUGCAGCCAGCCACUCCGCCGUCGGGCGACUGCGUUCGGCUUAUAAAGCUAUUCGAGCCACUGGUCAUCUACUGUCUGACGCUCUUCAUGAAAUCCAAUGCGCUGAUUCAGGCGCCCAUUUUGAUGCUCCUAUCGCAGCUGCUGGAACUGAACGUUACCUACAGCAUACUGGACUCGAAGAACGUGAUAUUCGAUCAGAUACUCAGCAAUCUGGAUUUGAUUGAAAGCGGAAUAGAUAGAAACGCCUUCAUCAUUGUUCCACCCAUGCUGAGAUUCCUAGUGCAACUGACCCACAAGAGUGAUCGACCCCUGAUCACGAUCCCAAAGAUCAUCAGCAUCACAAACAAUUUGCUGGCCAACAGCGCUGUGCGCGAUGUAGCCCUGCUGGCCCUGAAGACCCUCAGCUACGAGCUGUUCUUCAUGCACAGCCACCUGGACGAGGCCCUGGACUGCGAGAGCAAUAACUCAGGGCGAGCCGGGGGCCAGAGUCCGCUGACAGCGGCACCCACGCCGGAAACCCGAGAGGCGCUGCUGGCCCAGAGACGCGAGCUGGACACCCAGCGGGAGGUGGUGCUGGGCAUGCUGGAGAAGUUUGUGGAGUCGCGACCCAGUCAACAGGUGCUGGCCCUGCUGCUGCUCUACGAGCGCAGCUUGCAGCAGCUGGAGAGUGCCUCCUAUCGCACUGCCCAGGACGCAGAUGCCGUUUAUGGGCUGCUGUGUCGAGCUCUCUGCUCGCGCCACUGGCGCCUGCACUCGGCCGGGGAUCUGCGGCUGCUGGAGAGCUGCUUCCGCAACAAUGGCAACCAUGUGCUGGCCGACAGCAAGGGAUUCUUGCAGCUGCUGCAGCUCUUCAUCGAGCAGGACGUUGGCAACUUUGGUGAUUUAGCUAUGGCCAUGGUUAUGCUGGCAAAUGUAAUCCUUAAAACCGAGGAAAUUUAUUUAGUGAAUCACAUAAAACUUUAUUUGAAAAAUAAUCCAACCGCCGAGCGUCGUCUGCAGGCAGCAGCCGUUGCUGCCGCCGCCGCCUCAGCCUCAGGAGCAUCCCCAUCAACAGCCAUCCAGCAGUGGCAGGACGAAGCCCCAUCGACAUCUUCGGCGGCUGCAGCUGCCAGGGCCGCCGCCGCUACUGCCGCCUCGUCCCGUUCGGCCAUAAGCGAAAUUAACUAUUUCGCCAAAGUUUUAAGCGAGAAACUGCUGGCCUGCCUGGAUGCCCUGCUCGGAAUGGGCACACACACCGAUCCUCCUCCAUCCUCCGGCGUGGCCGGGCACGCCUACUGCCAGUUGGCCGGGCGCUUCGUUAACGCCCUGCACAAUGUUUGCUGCCGCUCACGGCACAAGGAUGCACUUCAAUCAGUUUUCCGUUUGGUUUUGGCCGAAUCUGAAUUUCUCUGCAAAUACUACAACCUGCUGCUGAUGAGUGCCGCCGGGGGGCAGGGGGGUGGCGGUGGCUCCGCAUCGCUGGAAUCGGUGCUAUUGGCCUGCCUGAAACUCGCACUGGCCAUGCGUCUGGAGGAGCCGCUGGUCCUGCUGGAGCAGGCCGCCCAUCUGCCACUGAAAUGGAACCUGCAGCGUGCCGUGCUGCGCGAAGUUUGUCGUGCAAAUGUGGCCCGCGAUUGGAGUCCGCAACAAGUGCGCUGCCUGUUCGCCGGCAAGUAUCUGAAUUUCCUAAUUGCUGACCACUUGGAAUUCCUUUGCGAGCUGUGCCAAGUGCGUCGCGAGUGCGGCUCGUUACUGCAGGUGCUUCUGCUCCGGAACGCGCACCGAUUGAACCGGCCAUCAAUUCGGAUCGUUCUUCGUUUGCUGGCGCGCCUUUGUGAGCCCGAUGUGGAGGAGCAGGACGCCUCGGGAGACGCUGGCGGCGAUGCAGCUCCCACGCUGCAGGCCCUGCAACUGCUGAGUCGCCUCCACCAGCUGCACGACGGAGAACGGGCCCAGCAGCUCCCCAUGGAGCGACUGGCCCGCCGCCUCACCGCCCAGAGUGGCCCGGCCGCCCGCGCCAUCAUCUAUGAGCGGCUCCUGGACGGGGAUCUGGCCGGGGGCGAGGACCAGGAUGCAAUGCGAACCCUGCUUCUGAAGGACCUCGAGUGCCAGCAGGACAAUGAGACGACAACGGCGACGUCGUCGCGCAUAAUUGAUGAGAGCUGGCUCUUCGCGCAGCUAAUCAAAUUUGCCACCCAGCAUGCGGAUGCUCCUCAGCAGCAGAAGCAACUGAUGCUCCUGCUGCUGGAGAUCCAGUCGGAGCCGAAGCUGAAUCGCCUGCUGCGUAGCCUGGGCCCCGAGCAGGAGGCUCGUCUCCUGCGCCACUCCCUGGCCGGCUCCCUGUUCGCCAUGCUGUCCGUCUUCCGGCAGAAGUGCAUCCAACAUGCCCCACACAUCAACUACAUGCAACUACCGCCGCUGGCGCGUGUGUCCUGCUCCCUGCUGAUGGGGCGGGUGGCCAACACUAGGCCUACGUGCCCCGCGGCGCCACCCACUGCCGAGCAGCUGGAUGUGGCCCGGGCUGUGGCCACACUGAUGGACUGCCUACGCAGCAUCGAACACACGGCCCUCAUCUACAUCGAUGCGAGGGUGAUGGAGAAGUUUGUGGGCGAGAAUCUGCUGCAUCAGGAGCAGGUGCCGGUGCUUCUCGAAUACCUAAAGUGGCUGGCGAGGGUGGCCAAACAAAUUCUGCGGAAGCCAACACGACAAGAGAUGGAACAAGAUGCCCUGGGCGUGCUGCUGGCCACCAUGGAUGCGUUGCUGCAACAGCCACGCGUCUGGCGAGACCUCAACGCCAGCACGGAUGCUGCCCUUCGCUGCGAACUGCUUGAGGUUCUCUGCCACUCAGCCCGUUGCAUGCUGCAGGAGACCAUUUUCUAUCAACGGCAUCGUCUGACGGCAACCAAGGCCCCAGACCCAGCACCGCAGGCCAUCUUCUUGGCCAAAUUGAUUGAAACGCAAAUUGAUAUUGAGUCCCUCGACAGCGGCAGGGUUUUGGCAGUCGGUUGCGAGGAUGCACGCCUGCAGUUCGCCGGCCAUGAGCUGGCCCCGGUCCAAGUUCCAUUGACGCUGCUGGCCUCCAUUGGCAUCGCUCUGCUACGCACGCACCAGUUUUAUGCCUACGCGGUGACUCCGCACGAGCUCAUCCAGCAACCGGAGGAGUCACAGAAGCAGCAGACGCAGCAGCAGCUGCAGAAGCAACAGGCCGAUGGCAAGCUCUCCACCAUUCCAGUGGACAGUCUGAGCGAUGUGGAUAUUCUACGUCAAUUUGUCAAGCGGCUCUCAAUCUUUGGCUUUACCACACGGCAGCAGUUCGAGGAGUACUUUAUGACUUUCCUGCUGCUGAUCAACAAGGUGUACGACGAGCACAUGGUCGAUCAGCAGGAGCAGUUCCAGAUCAAGCAGGUCUGCCUGCAGGCCAUCAUGGAACUUUUAAUGACGUACAAAACUUUUCCCAUUGUGGGCCAGGCGGCCACCGGCCAGUUCCAUCACACGACGCGCUGGCAGCGCAUCACUUGUGACAGCAUUAGCCUGAAGAAACUGCACAAAGUGCAGCUCCUGGUGGACGCAUGCAACGUCUUCUAUCAGGCCAAUCUGGAGCGGCAGCUGGCCCGGGACAAUGUGAUUGGCACACGCAACUUUGCGGCCAAUCAAUACGAUCUCAAUUUCAGCUGGGCCCAGAUGGAGGCCUAUGUGGGAGGAGACGCGGAUACAUUGGGGGCAGCCCCUUCCACGGCCUCGGCGGACAUUAAGCCCGCCGCCUCCUCGUCGGCCGCCUCCUUUGAUGCGGAUGUGCCUGACAUUGCAAUGCGCAACUAUCGCCAUUUUACACAACUGUCGGGAAUUGACUUUCGCAGCAGCACGCAGAUGGUCUUUGACGUACUGCAGCAGAUGAUCGAGCUCAACCACAUCCUGGUGCUGCCAAAUUUGGUAAAGUUUUGCGAGAUCUGCGAGAGUCGCGACCAAGUCAAAUGGAUCAAGGACCGCGCCCUCCGACUCCAGGAGCAAGUUGCAAUGGAUGAUACGAUUUCGCAUCAGCACAUAAUCUACUUAUUGUGCCGCAGCCAGGCGCUCCUUAUACCCAGCCUGAGCGAGCUGCAGGCCCUGUGCUCUUUGAUUGGCAACGUCUACCUGAAGAGCACGCACUGCUUCAUACGCAUCGCCACGCUGCAGGGCCUGAUCUGUCUGCUGGAGUGCUGCAGCAAGACCAACACGGCCAUGGGCAAGCUCAGCGAGGAGCUGGCAUUGUUGCGGGCUCUAAUUGUGGGCUACAUCAAUCGCCAUGGCAUUAUUGACGAGAGCCCCCUGCAGCUCAGCGAUGAGCACACGAAGCUGGUCUGGACGCUCAAUUACAGCCUGAUCGAGUGGACAUCGAAAUUCGUGCCGCAAUGUCAUCUAUUGUCAAAUACAAUCAUUGCGGCCAAUAAUUUCCUGAAGACGACCAACAACGAGGAGCUCUAUCUGUGUGUUCUGCAUGGCCUAGAGCGCAUCGUGGUCAAUAGUGGAAUACCGUCGCCUCCUGCAACGCUGCCUACUCCGAGCGAGGCCAUCGGGAGAGGAGGUGUAGGAGCAAAGGGAGGAGCCAUUGCUGGAGGAGGAGGAGCACCAGUUGGAGCUGGAGCUGGAGCAGCCAUCGAUUCUGGAGUCGGAGUCGUGGUCACACCACAGAUGCGACAUAAAAUUGAAAAACUUGCACUCGAAUUGCUGAAAAUGGAAAAUGAGAAAUUUUCGAUUCCGGCAUUGAAAUUGCUUUUGUCCUGCAUGUAUAUGGGGUCUGCGGCACAGCUGGAGAAUACGGAGCUGUCGAACGGGAUUGUCCAGGACGAUCCGGAGAUAAUCGCCCAGCAAAACGAUAAAGUCGAUAUACUUUUGCAUUGUAUUAAAUCAUCGACUCGAGAUGCCGCCUGGAUUUAUGGACAAGUGCUGUGCCAAAUUAUUCGUGAUUUAGUGCCACCGAAUGAAAUAUUGACGAAGGUCAUAAAGGAGUUUCUGGCCAUAAAUCAACCGCACGGCGAUGUUAUUGCCAUGAUUGUAUAUCAGGUCUUUCGGUCCGCCAUCGACUCGUCGUACCUGCAAAUGCUCCAGGACUGGCUGAUCUGCACGCUGCCAACGUUCCUCGCCCAGCCGGAGCAGCAAGGUGUCUGGGGCCUCAGCGUCAUCUUUUUAUCCGCUUCCAUAAAUCUGCAUUUGAUUAAACUAUUUCCGCUGGUGCUCGGCGUCGGGGCAGGCAACUCCUCCUCGCAGGCGGCCGUGUCUACAGCGGGAACGGUGGUGGGAGUGGGAGUGGGCGUGGGAGCGAUGGAGUCGGCGAGGGGCAUGUCGGGCUCAUCCACAGCGCCCCGUAAAUUGGGUCAGCACGAAAUUGCAUUGUUCGUGACAGCUGCACAAGAUUUCCAUGCGAAAUUGAGUGGCGAGCAGAGGCAACGCUUCCGCGAGGCCUUCAGCAGCUUCGAGCACAGUCAAGUCUAUGGCCGGAUGCUGCAGCGCCUGUGAUAGGGGACCGACAGCGCCGACAGCCGACAGGCACAGCCACAGCUACAGCACAGGCACAGGCACAGCGAUAGCGAUAGCAUAUAAUCAUCCUGGACUAUUUGCCAGGCUAUUUAUCUUACGUUUAAUUCCAAUCGCAGCAUCGAAAUGAAUUGCAGCGGAUACGGAUUUGGCAGCGACCAACUCAGCGGCUGCAAAACUUGCUCCAAAGACAAGCGCAAGCGUGAAUAACUAAUUGCCCCAAGGAGGACAAAGUCCCUGAGAAAGUUUAGCCGGAUGCCCUCCCUGGCCAGAGCCGGAUAUGCAGCCCUUCUUGGGUCUUCUGCUGGGGCUGCUUCUGCUGAGCGCAAAAGUUUUUUAAUAGUUGGCGAAUACAAAAUUAAUUUAUGCUUUACAUUAUGUGUAACUAAUAUUUAAAUUAUUGCAAACGAAUGCACGGCCCGCACCAUCCGUAAUCUGGCCGAAAGUUUAACGAGGCCACUAGCGAGAGCGACCCGCAAUUAAUUCCUGUGGUCGCGGCUUCGACAAGGACCCCGGACCCCGGACGCCGGUUCCAGGACGCGCACGGAAAUUAUGUUCUUGUCAGUUUUUGGGCAAAGUUUAUCAUUUAUUUAUCAUGACGUUGCUUGUUAGGCAAGAAAGAAGUUGGCCGGCGGACGCGGACCGGCUAGUGGCCAUUAGUAUGCGGGCCCAAACCAAUUCCUGGUUAAUUCCUAAUCAAAAUUACUUAAAAAUUCCAUUAUGCAAACAGCUCUACCCCUCGACACUGAUCUUAACCAACCACUUGUUUGUCUCUUGUCUAUUCCAAUUGUAAUCAAUAUGAUAUCUUUUCUUGUUUAAUAAAAUACUAAAAUGACAAAAUUCCAA